AAACAGGGCAUGAGGCCAGGCCUGUCCGGGUUCUUUGUCUCAUUUCUAUCUUCAAGCCCCCUGCCCGCAAAUCCCAGGGUCCUCCCAGAAAAACAACGCAACCCCUCAGUCUCAACUCCGAGCUGGUACCACAAUCCACGGUCCGUAUUAUCUCGCCGAAAAUACGAUAUCCGUCCUCCGAGACAGUUUUCCAAGCAGCGAGCAAGGUAAGAACCAACUGGAAUUCCUAGCAAAAGAAUCCUAUGUCUGUGUAUUCGAACAGAUAGUUCCGUGGUAGGUCGUGGCCGGCAGACGAAGUCUGUGGCGGGAUUUUCCUGGGGGCGAUGAAGACGUUACCCCACAAGAUGGAGCUACCCGAACAGACAGAGUUUAGGGUUCCGCCGCGCAGGGACAGGCUGAGACAGGGCAGAGCACGCCAACCAAGGUCAAGACGCGAAGACAAGCCUCUCGGGAGAUACCCAUAGUCCCAUACGCACCCACGUUGUCGGAACCGCCGAGGAAUCCUCGUAGGCCUAGCUAAAUGCUAACAAGCCGACUUCAUCCAGGCGCGACCACUCGAGAAGACAUUCUUCAGAUCCAGCACAUCUUCGCCAAGUUUCUGUGCUCGGGACGUGCUCGAGGAGACCACGCUACGCCAUAUCAAUUAUCCAAUUUCCCGGGCCAAGUUAUAUUGCAGCUUUAGUGGGCGCCGGAUGGUCCUAUCAGGCCAAGACAAGCCGAACCAGCGUCUAUAGCCAAGCUAGCAGCUGGUACAUCGUACUCGGUUUCGAUCCAAAUAUCACCACCCGACCCGAGCUAAAACACGUCCAUCGUUCGAUUUCUCCGCUCGUCACAUCGGCUUCCAUCCCAUCGCAUCGACUCGUAUUUUGACUAGCACGAGACACACCAGCAAGCACGACCCCCCCAACGUCGCCGAUUUCACUCUGAAAUUUAGCCAGACGGAUUGCCGACAAUGGAGCCCUUCUCGCCCGAAGCCCCACACUGCAACGGCACCUCCAGUAGCAGCUCGCCCGCAGUGUCCAGCGACAGCCCGGGGACGGCGACCUCGGGCACCGUCCGGAACGGAUCGGUGGCUACGACGACAUCACAGCCAUCAGUACCUCCUCCUUCCGUUCCAGCGGCGUGUCUCCCUUGUCGAACCAAACAUCUCAGAUGCGAUGGAAACCACCCAUGUGGCCGUUGCACCACGACCGGCAUCGUCGCCGACUGUGCCUAUAUUGCUUCGCGCCGUGGGUACAAAGGCCCUCGUAGAAACCCCAAUAACCCUACUCCCGGCGCCAAUCCCAAUAAGCGGCAUGCGUCCUCAUCGCCCCCUUACGCGGGAACUACUCCUGACAGCUGCCCCAUGAUGUUGGGGCAUGCGCCUGUUACCAUGGCCACACCCUCCGUCCAUGCCUUCAACCCUUCCGUCGUUUUGCCGGAUCAGUCGCAGCUCUCCUUCCCGUCAACCCCAUCCGUUGCGAGCAUCCCCGUCUACAGGAAUAACUAUAUGAUGGACGGCACCGCUAUGACAUUGGCGACACAGGCCGCUCCGCCCAUCCAGCCUCCAGCAGCAAGUUUGCCAGAGCGUUGUUUCGAGGCUUUCUACCACUUUUUCCACGCCGGUCAUCCGUUCGUCUUGCCCAAGAGGAACUUGGUUGAAUUGCUCAAGAGCAACUCAGAGCCAAACCUUCCAGUAUUGAUGGCCGCCAUGAGAUAUAUUGGUUCACUUUACGUUGAUGCAGGUCCUGCCAAGGCCAGAUUUCUGGAUGAAGCCAUUCAGCUGUGCUACGCCCCGGGUGUGCGCAAGGACGGAUUCUUGAUCCAGGCGCUCCUGCUUAUCAUCAUUGGCUUAGACGGCAGUUGCGAGCAAGAAAGAGCUCGGGAACUCCUUGCUAUUUGCGAAAGAUAUGCCAUCGAAAUUGACCUUAACAAGCGGGAAUUUGCUGUGAUGCAUGGCCGAGGCGAUCCGAUCAUGGAGGAAAGUUGGCGGCGAACCUGGUGGGAUCUCUAUGUCUGCGAUGGCAUGAUUGCUGGUGUUCACCGGGUGACCAACUUCCUUUUGUUUGAUAUCAUGACUGACGUUGGCCUUCCCUGCGAGGAGGAGGAGUACCACAAAGGGUGCAUCCCUUCACCGAUGAGUCUUGAGGACUUUGACGACAAGGAGUUCCAGGACGAAGACCGAGAGUUCUCAUCAUUUGCGUAUCGUGUUGCCGCAGCCAGAAAUCUGGGCAGGAUGAUGCGGAUGCCGAACGUCAUGUUCCCGGAUGCAGCAGAGGUGGACAAGAUGGAGGCACAUCUGUCCAAUUGGAGAAUGCAUCUUCCGGAUAACAAGAGGGACGAUCUCGAUAAGAAUUGCCAGCUUGAUGAAAUGAUGUUCCAAGCGCACUUUAUCACCCAUGCGUAAGUCAUCACUGCACCAAUCCCGACAAAGCAUGUUCAGGAAAUUGUGUACUGAUGCCCUUCACAACCCGUAGGUGCACCAUUAUGCUCCACCAGCCUCUUUCCCAGCUUGACUCUUCGCCAGUCCAAGCCGUCAACUCUUGCGCGCCUCACAGGCCCGUCCACUCAGGCGAUCAAUACAACGCCCAUACUAGGCACACUGUCACGGCAGCCUGCGAGAUCAGCAAGAUGAUCACGCAAGCUGUUCCCGUGACCAGCCAUACGCACUUCUUUACGUGCGUCGUAACCCUCUCUUCCAUCGUCCACCUGUCCAAGUGGGCCCUCUACAUGAUUGAAGAUGAGGCCGACCUUCGCCAGCAAAUCCGGCUGAACAUUGGCGCCCUCAACAAGCUCAGCAAGGUCUGGAAGGCGGCCAAUACGGCUUGGACCCAGGUCAAGGGCGUGGCGCAGGAGAUCUACCGCCAAAAGAAGGUGCAGCAGAUCACCCCGGCUUUCUGGGUCGGCUAUACCCAGGAACAGAUGAUGACAUCCAUUCAGGCGGACGAGAGCAUCAUAAGCGAGUUCGACCAGGGGCUGAUUGCUCAAGUUGGCAUUGCUCAAGUUGGCGUCACUCAAGCUCAGUGAGCUGAUGGCGUCGAUAAGGUGAUGCGUCUUGUCUUGGUUUGGGAUGAGGGGCUCAAAGAGAAAUCGCAAGUGGAUGGUAUAAGAUAAUCUUGGUAGUUGCAAAGCGGGUAGAAAGGCAGGAAGAGGGUCUUGUACUUAAAUAGUCGACUCUGGGUAGUGGAUUUUCAAAACAACGACAAGGCCAACAGGGGCGUGUCUGGGCGCGUGCCUUCAAGAGUGCAGUACCUUGCGAGCAAGUAAGGUAGUUACAGUACGCUUGGGCUCGCUUGGUUGCUUGGACAUAGUUUUGGGUUACAUAAAAUAUCCUAGUAAAUAUCACGAUUGGUUAUCGGUCUCUCGAA